UGGAUCAUCAUUCCAUUGCUAAGUAACGCUGUGUCGCAGUUCAAGAAGUACAAAUCACCCAGAAUGAAACGUUUCUUAAGUAUGUAAAACCGCAUUUUGUAAUUGGGAGCAACCGAAGUUCCGUUCCUUGCAGUAUAUGCAGUUGUACGGAUCCAUUACUUAUUCUGUGUUUAAGCCCCGGUCAAACUACGGAGAGAAUUGAUGAGAGUUUUCUCAACUCUCGUGCCCCGGUCAAACUAGCCUGCGUAGCAGGCGGUUAAACGAGAAGAAGAGUUGAAAUUCUCCUUGUAUUUUUCUGGUAGAAAACAAUUAUUAAUAUAGCCAUUGAAUUAAUCGAACUCUGUGAAGUGAAUUAUUGUAUUAUACUGAUUGAGUUGACUAUAGUAACCUCGCUCUAAAUGAAUUAGCGUGCGUGUUGCGAAAACUCUCGUAUUCUGUGGUUAAGCCCUGGUGAGAGUUGAUGAGAGUUGAGGAGCGAGAGUUUGCAUGAGAGUUUUCUCAACUCUCGUGCCCCGGUCAAACGAGAACAAGAGUUGAAUGAGAAUGGACUGGAUAUUACCGCGAAAACUCUAACCAAUUCUCAUCUAAAUUUGAAGCAGCUCAAAGUUGACGCGAGACUGCAUGAGAGUCCAUGAGAGUUAAUUUUAAUUUUUUAAAUUUAUUAACUUUGCCAUUAUUAAUAACGAAAAUUUACAUGCACAUAUUUAUACAAGAAAAUUUUGGCACGGACAACAAACAAUUAAUAUAUUACAUAAACAAUUAUUUAAAUAAAUCACUUGUUAUAACAAACUAACUACUAACAUUUAAAAUGAGCUUUAGUUUCAACUUCUAUAGUAGCAACAAGUUAUUGGCGAUGUUAGACAGCGUACAGAAUUACACUUCAGGCCUAUGGUUCUAAAUGUUUGCGGAUUUUCAGGAUUACAAUUGACUUCUAAUGAUUUAUAUUUCUGCAAGACGGAUUUAAUGUUGACGGUGAAACGCCAGCGACAGUUGCAACUUUAAUCAACUUUCAUCCUUGUUUUUCCAAGGCUUUAAUUUCCUUCUCCACAGUUGCAUGUGGAAAAAGUACAUCCAGUUUGACCCAACACCUCGUCUCUGAAUACUCUAUAUACGGUUUCUUCCUGGGGUGACACUGGACCAAUAAGUGUUUUCUUUAUUUAGUGGUACAGAUGGGAGAGGAAUAUUAUCAUGCGAGAGAUUAUACCAAAGCUCUGGCGUAAGUCGACAUUAUUUCGUGGUUUUGUUCACCCCCUUACGGAAAAUUCGCAUACAAUGUCACAUGUAGGGAGACUAUACAAAACUCUGCCAUUUGAUGUUUGUUUUUUAGUCUUCUUGGCGUAGUGACCGGUGAUUAUCGAAAAGAAAAAUGGUGGUCGUUAUUGACAGCCAUGUUGUGCACUUCAUUAAGGUAUAGUAUAUAAAUGCAGUUGUUAACCACUGACAUACAGUAUAGACCCCCUAUGCCUGUGUUAAAAUUUCUCGCUGUAAUUAUUUCGCUGGCAGAAUUUAAUUAACUAUCAGAAUGCUCUUUAUAUAAUCUUAAUGUACAAUUCCAAAUGAAGAAGAUGGCUAUAUUUACCAUACUACUUUAUUUUGCCACAUUUUUUUGUUUAAAGAUGUGCUUAUCUCCUGGCGAACAUUCAAGAGUACUUGACGAUUUGUAUUGAACUAAUGGGUCAAUGUAUCCUUUUUGAAUUUGAAUUAGAGGCUAAACUAAACUAACUUUAUUUAUGCUAGUCAUUGCUCUUAUAAUUAUUUUUUGUGUGUUUGGGUGUUAUGUACUCAGGUGAAUAUGAUGUUUGUAAUGUUACUCUGAGUGUGCAUCCACACCGGGCAAGCUGAAAAAUUAGCUUGGUCACGGUGGGAAUCGAGUCCGCGACCUUUGGGAUACUAGUCCAAUGUUCUGCCAACUGAGCUACGUGGUAUUCCGAAAUAUCAUCAACUCGAACCGACUUGACCACGUAGCUCAGUUGGCAGAGCAUUGGACUAUAGUAUCCCAAAGGUCGCGGGUUCGAUUCCCACCGUGGCCAAGCUAACUUUUCAGCUUGCCCAGUGUGGAUGCACACUCAGAGUAACAUCACAGACAUCAUUGCUCUUAUAGAUAGAUAGAAACUUUUAUUUAAAUGGGGUAAUCCAAUCAGUUACAAUGUUGACUGUUAGAGGCCCAGUAAGAGACAUUUCUAUAUGUCCAGUGUUACUAUCCAGGAAGGAGCUUAAACUAAAUUUACUUAUACUGAAUAGCUCUCUGUCAGUUAUAGCUUUUCUUCAUAUAAAGGUCCAGAAAGAGUCAUCUCUUAUUAAUCUAGUGUUACUACAGGAAGAAACCUAAACUAAACUAACUUUAUUUAUACUGGAUAGCUCUGUCAGUUAUGAGCUUUUCAUCUUAGAGGUCCAGUAAGAACCAGUAGAAAACAUUCGUGCAAAAAUCGCGUUGUUAUUGCUUUACUCUCUCCAAGAUGCUCUGCACUAUUCGGACGAAAGAACUAGAAUUCAAAUGAAUUUAAUACGUGUUAUAUCUGUAAGUAAAAACUAACAAAUGUUAUAUAUAGCCAAGUAAUGAGUUAAUUUUUGUUUGUAAGUCAAGGUUAGAUCGUGGAGGUCAGUUCUAAUAAUAUAAAGAGAAAUGUUUUUCUUGGUAAAAUAUUCGAUGAUCCAACCAUUAAAAAGUCAAAAAAAAAUUUACCCAACCUCAAAUAUCAAUUAAAAAAUAAAUAGCCACCCCUGGCCAAAAACUUUACAAAAAGAUACCAUUCAGUUGUCACCCAUGUCCUUUACCACUUCUGUGACAUGAGUUUGAUAACUGCUUGUGCAAUUUUCUGCAGUCUAAACUUACACGUCGUCUGCACUUGCACUUUCUUUGGAGACACCAUUUGCCUCCUGACAAAUCAGAAAGUGAUUAAUUAAGAUAGAUUAUAUUAAUGUAUUGACAUAUGACUGUUGACAGUUCAGUCUUCAAUAUUUUAUGCUUUGGAAAUGACAAUAAAUUUCUAUUACCCAACCCUUGAGUUGAGUUGUUUUUCAUUUACCCAAACUUUUACUUACGUAGAAUUUUAUUUACCCAACCCUUUUCUCUUCGGUGCUGAAAAUAUAACUUUCCGUUGUCCAGGGUGACUCGCCCGACCAUGAACCAGGUUGUGAUGUAGAGGCGAUAGAAGAAGCGAAGGAGCUUUGGAAAGCUUCAAUGAAACAGGGACCUCAUCUCAUUAAUAUACAGAUGUCCAAUAUCGCUGCUUUUGGUAAGUGGAAGAUAUUAAUGUUAUUGAUAGCUUUACGCUGGACCGGUUUGAGUGAAAUUGUUUGAAAACGUCACUGUUGCCGUAACAAUUUGAGCAAGGUUUCUAAACGGAGCGAGAUGAAAACGGAGCGCAUGGCGGCUUCAUGUGAACACAAACGUCGUUAUUUUUUUGUACCGCUUGCAAACCAAGCAUCUCAGGUCUUAAAACAGUAAAUUUGAAUGCUUUUUAAAUUUAUUUGCUCUAUUUGAGAUAUUUUGAAUUUAUAUGAGUGCUAAUUUAAUUUGUAAACAAAUGUGUUCCGACGGCCUAUACUCGGCCGUCGGAACAAGUGCGACUUUCCGACGCGUAGGAGAGCACGGCGGUCGUGACGCAGCCUUUGGCGCGAGCCAAGGUGUAACGGCCGCCGGUGCAGAUCCUGGUGGUAGCAUGGAUAAUAAAAAAAAUGGAUAGGACUCUAGCUGACGUAAGCAAAAACAACCUAGUUGCAAUCUGUGACGUCACGCGUAUUGCAAAGUUCUGAGCAUUUUUGUUGUUUCGCUAUACUUUCCGCUUUAAAAGAGUAAUAUUGAAGCAUAUACUGGUCUAAUUGUUUUAAAAACAUGCCUAAGCCACGACAAAGUAUUCAAGGUAAAUGUAAUUUUUUACAUUUGUAGCUACGAAAUUGGCGUCCCCAAUUUUAACGAAAUUUGGGAUGCAUUUUUCACUGUUUAGUGCUUGAAAUAUUUGCUAAAAUUGACUGGGAAUACUUAGAGAUUUCAUCGUAGAGUGGCGUAGUUCUAUUCAUUUGCUCUUUGACUAAAAUGUUUAGCUGUAUUAUUGCUAAACAUGCCGUCAGCUAGAUUCCUAUCCAUUUAUGUCUAAACAUGCUGUCAGCUAGUUUCCUAUCCAUUUAUUUUAUUAUCCAUGGUGGUAGUAGCAAAUAUUCAAUUAACACACGUAAAUUCUGCCCGCAUUAUUUCUCUCCGGUGUAGUGUAAGCCUCAAAACAAUGUCCUUGUCAUCGGAAUAUUUCUGGUGAAUUAUCCUAGGAGAUACUCGACAAUUACGUCACACAUACUUUUUGAUCUUGGAGCCUCCUCUCAUUAGCAAAUUAUACGCAAGGUGAUUGGCUCACGAUUCAUGAGAGCGAGGCUCCCAGGCCAAAUGACGUAAUUAUUGAAAGGGUGUAUUGAAAGGGUGUAUUCCGGCAAUUACGUCACCACUAACGCUGUUUUGAAACAAAUUCGAAACCUAUUCCAUUUAAGGUGGCAGUAGUAGUGUAUGUGGUUUUCGACCCUUAUUUUUGGGGCGGCGCGGGGCGGCGCAUCAUCCUUAGCAUACGUCAUAAUUACAUUCAAUGACGUCACGCGAGUAGGAUCAGGCAAGUAAUGACGUCACGCGGGCGAGCUUAAACACGAUCGGGCGAAACUUGCUGACUACGCAUUUUUUAGCGUCCCUCCUCGUGUGCGACACAAUAGUUAGGGCUAUUAUUAUUAUUAUUAUUAUUAUUAUUAUUAUUAUUAUAAUUCAUUUAUAUAGCGCCAUUUCCCAUAGCUCAAUAGCGCUUAACAUCAGUGUUAAAAAUAUAUACUAAGUGUUAGAACAUAGUGCAUGCAUUAACUACUAAAAUUACUAUACUAUAAAAUUACUAAAAAAUAAUUAUAUGCUCUUCUCGUUAAGAAUAUAAAAUUACUUUAUGUUAUGUAUGUUGAUAAUAUUAAAACAACAACUAUAUAGAAUACUAUAAAAUUGCUAAUAAUCUUGUUAAAAUAAUAACUUAGUCAUAAUACUGUUUAAAAAGAUGUGUCUUUAAUCUGGUUUUAAAAAUAGGCAAGGUCUCACUCUUUCUAAUAUACUCUGGCAGUUCGUUCCACAGUUUCGGUGCAGCAUAUGAGAACGAUCGUUCACCAUAGUUCACUAGUUUUACUGAAGGUGUGGUAAGCAAUCCUUUGGAUGAGGAGCGUAAAUUUGCUGAUGGUGUGUAAGGUUUUAGCAUAUUAUUAAUGUAAUGUGGAGCUGAGCCAUUCAGAGAUUUAUACGUGAUAAGAACAAUUUUAUAGAUGAUGCGUUGACUGAUGGGGAGCCAAUGUAAUUGUUUCAUUAAUGGAGUAACAUGGUCGUAUUUUCUGCUUCCUGUCACCAGACGAGCAGCACAGUUUUGCACAUUCUGUAAUCGAUCUAUAAGAAAUUUAGGUAGUCCGUAUAGCAAAGAGUUGCAAUUAUCUAGUUUCGAUGUAAUAAAGGCAUGAACUAGGGUUUGGAUAUCUGAUUUUGAUAAGUACUCUUUUAUUCUUGCUAUUUUUCUCAAAUGGAAAAAACAGUUCUUGCAAAUGUUGGUAAUAUGUUUAUCCAUGGACAUGUGUUGAUCGAAGGUUACACCGAUGUUUCGUGCUGAAGUACUUGGUUGAACUAUUGACUUAGAUAUUUCUAUAUGGUGUACAGCAGGGCAUAAACGAUUUCGUGCAUUGAUUACUAGUAACUCAGUCUUGUCCCCAUUCAAUUUUAAUUUAUUUUUGACCAUCCACAAAUCAAUCUCCUUUACACACAUUUCGAUUUGUACCAGUGCUCCCGCUUUUCCUUCAGUGGUUGACUCAAAAGCGAGAUAUAAUUGCGAGUCAUCUGCAUAAAAGUGAAAAUCAAGAUCAUGACCUCUGAUGAUAUCACCAAGGGGUGAAGUGUAUAGUAAAUAUAGUAUAGGGCCGAGAACUGAUCCUUGUGGGACUCCACAGCGCAAGUCUUUAGAGAUAGAUUUAACACCGUCAAUCACUACACUUUGCGUUCUAUUCUGAAGAUAGGACUGAAACCAUCUCAACACUUGCCCAUCUAUCCCAAAUCUUUUGAACAUUCGUUGUAGUAAAAGUUCGUGAUCAACAGUAUCGAAUGCUGCUGACAUAUCUAGUAAUAGCAACACCACACACUUACGAUUAUCAAUGGCUACAAGAAUAUCGUUUUGUACUUUUAAUAGGGUUGUUUCUGCACUAUGAAAACGUUUAUAUGCCGACUGGAAGGGUUCUUCUAAUUUGUUAUUAGCCAAGUGUUCCAGAAGCUGACCGGCAGCAACCUUCUCAAUUACUUUAGACAGGAAUUUUAAAUUUGAAAUAGGUCGGAAAUUUGUGUAUUCUUCGUAAUCCAGCGAAUCUUUCUUUAGUUUUGGUUUCAACACGGCUUCUUUUAGUAUCUCAGGCAUACAACCUGACUGAAGUGACUCAUUACUGAUCUUAGUAAUUAUAGGUAAGAGAGUCUUCUGACAACCUUGAAAGAUUUUUGCGGGCACUGGAUCAAGUUCACAAGAUUUUUUACCAACUUUGUCAAUAACAUUUUCAAUCUCAUGUUCCGUGACUUCUUGAAAGUUAAUGAAUUUAACGCAUUGUGCAUAUUGUUCCUCUUGAUUUCGCUGAUUACAGUGGGAAGAAUCGAUGGCUAGUUCUUUCCAUAUAAUAGCAAUCUUAUUAUUGAAGAAAUAUGAAAAUUUAUUCACAAGUUCAGUCGUUGAUGACGCAGUUGGAUAGCGCUUUUCUGGCUUUCGAUGGAGUAAUUUAUCAACCGUACUAAAUAACACUUUCUGAUUAUGUGCAUUACUGGAAAUAACCGAUGAGUAGUAUGUUGUCUUAGCAUUCUUUAUCAUGGCAUUCACUGUCUCACAUUGUUUGACAUAUAACUGUCUGUCAAUACAUAGUCCAGAUGCGCGCCAGCGGCGCUCUAGUUUCCUGCGAUUUCUUUUUUCUUGACCAAUCUCCUCAUUGUACCAUGGUGAUAAAGGACGAAGAGUUAUAAUUCGUCGUUUUUGUGGAGCAUGCUGCUGUAAUGUUUCUUUCAACGUAUUUUCAUAUUUAUCAAUAAGGACGGAAAGAUCAUAAUCGUCAUUUAAAUCUAGUACUUUUAGAUCUUCAUUGAAACUAUCCAUGUUUACAUUGUUUAAUUUUCGAUAAUAAAUUUCAGCUUGUUCUAAUGGUGGUUUCUCUAACU